AACCAGACGGUUGGGUCAUGAGGCGAGCGGUGCGACUGCUGGCGUCUCGUUGUCGUGGACCAACUGGAAGGCCGAGCUGGAUGGCGGCGAUGCUGCGGUGUUCGACGCCACUGGGUCCGAUCCGGUCUCGCGAGGCGACGCCAGCACGCCAGUGUCGCCGCCUGAGGACCUGGGGGGAGGUGCGGCGCGCCUGCAAAGCUACCUCCGGGCUGGAGGUGGCUGUUGCUGCAGCCGCCGCCACCGGAGAAAAAUGCGUCGGAGAGAGGGGAUUGGCGGAAAGGUUGCGGCUUGGGAGUCUGCUGCCUGACGGAUUGUCGUAUAAGGAGUGUUUUAUCAUAAGAUGCUACGAGGUGGGGAUCAACAAGACAGCUACGGUGGAGACCAUUGCCAACCUUCUCCAGGAAGUAGGAGGCAGCCAUGCACAAAGUGUAGGUUUUUCCACUGAUGGAUUUGCUACGACGCCUACUAUGAGAAAGCUUGGCCUAAUAUGGGUGACUUCCCGAAUGCACAUCGAAGUAUACAAGUAUCCUGCUUGGGGUGAAGUGAUUGAGAUAGAGACCUGGUGCCAAAGUGAUGGAAGAAUGGGAACAAGGCGCGAUUGGAUUCUUAAGGAUUUGGCUACUGGUGAAGUCAUCGGUAGAGCUACUAGCAAGUGGGUGAUGAUGAAUCAAAACACCCGGAAGCUUCAACGAGUAAGUGAUGAAGUCAGAGAAGAAGUGUUUGUGCAUUGUCCAAAAACUCCCAGAUUGUCAUUUCCAGAGGAAAACAAUGGCAGCCUAAAGAAAAUUCCAAAACUGGAUGAUCCUGCUCAAUAUUCCCGAUUAGGGCUUGUGCCAAGGAGAGCUGAUUUGGACAUGAACCAACAUGUAAACAACGUGACCUACAUCGGAUGGGUCCUCGAAAGCAUACCACAAGAGAUCAUAGACACCCAUGAGUUGCAAACGAUCACUCUUGAUUACCGGCGAGAAUGCCAGCACAGUGAUAUUGUGGAUUCACUUGCCAGUCCAGAAGUUCCAGAGGAUGGUAGCACAAAUGGGGCUGUUGCCUCCGACCCCCAUGUCAAUGAUCAAUAUCUACAGGAAUUCUUACACUUGUUGAGAUUGUCAGGAAGUGGCCUUGAGAUAAACAGAGGCCGGACAGUGUGGAGGAAGCUGGCUCGCUGAGGUUUUGGAUUAUGUACUCUAGCUCUCAGCAAAUAAAGAAUAGAGUUAAGCUCAUCGAGUUAUACUGGCAGCUACUUUAAUCAUUCAUCAUUCAUCUGGUGUUUCUUGGGACAUACUUCGAGAGGAUAUUGGAAUCGUUUACUUUGCAGCAGUCAAUGCUUUUAUUAAUGGUAUAGUGCUAAGUUCGUAUGACAUUGUCAUCUGUAUUAGAAUUCAGUUUGGUAUCUACCACAAAUACACUAGAGAAAAAUGAAGAAUUAUAUCUAAUUGCUCAUGAAAAAACGAGUCCCAUGUCCUCUUGGCAUUCUCCUACAAUGCUAACUUUUUGUGGGUGCUUUUAUGUCAAUUGUUUUCCCAUGAAGUAUUGUUGAUGGUUCAAUAUCUUACAGUA